CACAGUGUGGGCGCUUGAUCGUAGAUUCAUCGACAUAGAGCUGCCCCAGUCCAGGACUGGUUUGUGAAGAGAGAGAUUUUGCUGUAAUGGAAGAUGAUAAGAAAGGAUGGGGAAGGAGCGUACAAAAAGAUGACAAAGAUGAACGAUCAAUCUGUGGGCCACGGUUUAUGGCAAUUACGGGAGUAUUGACAGUAUUACUGGUCAUUGCCGUCAUACACGUAGCAACAAGUGAAAACAAAAAAACAUAUUUUGAAGAACUUUUAAGUACUGGCGGAGCGAUUCGAUCGACAAGAUUUGCACGAUCGCACGAUGAGACAAAGCACGCAGGCAUCCAAGGCGGGGUUUGUCAUACUGCACAAUGUAAAAAGGUCGCCGACYAUCUUAAAUAUACCAUGGACUUUAAGCAAGAUCCUUGCACAGAUUUUUACGAAUAUGUUUGUGGAGGAUGGAGAAAGAAGAAUCCCAUCCCUGCAAGUUCGUCUUCAUAUUCAACGUUCACGAAACUCCACGGAAAAGUAGAAAAAUUACUAAGACGCAUUUUAGAAGAUGGCAUUACAAACAUAGAUGGUGCUACUGAAGCAAUGAUGAAAAUGCCAUCGCAGAUUUAUCAAUCUUGUAUGGAUUUAAAAAGCAUUGAUAAAACAAGUGACUUGCCACUUAAGGUGCUUAUUAAGAAAAUGGGAUCAUGGGAUCUCGAUGAGACAAGUAAUGACUGGGACGAGAAGAAAUGGGAUUUUGUUGAUAUUCUUCAUUUAAUUCACCGUAACUACACUUCUGCAGGAGGACCGCUAUUUUCUGUCCAUGUUAGCGAUGAUCCAGUGCACAAUAAUCGACACAUCAUUGAUAUAGAUCAAGCUGGACCAAGUCUCUCAAGAGAAGUUUACUUCAAGGAUCCAAAGAUUAUCAAAGCCUAUAAAGCGUUCAUAAUUGAUGUUGGAACUCUUCUUGGCGGAGGAAAAGAUAUAGCUAAAAAAGCUCAAGAGAUUAUUGAAUUUGAAACCAAACUUGCUAAUAUAAGCGUUCCUGAUGCAGACAAAAUAGAGAGUUGGUUCCAUAGAAUGACUGUUAAAGAUUUACAGCAAGAAGUUCCUCAGUAUGAUUGGCUUCAACACCUGAAUAUAAUGUUUUCACCCGAAAAGAUAAAGGAGACAGAGGAGCUGACAGUGCCGGCGCUGCCCUAUCUAAAGAAAAUGAUGGAUGUAGUAUCCAGAACACCGAAAAGUGUUUUGGCUAAUUACCUGAUAUGGAAUGUCAUACAAGAUGAGGUGUCAUUCUUGUCAAAGCCUUACCGUGAUGCCCGAACCAAAUACAAGGACAGCGUUUUGGGCUCCAAAGGUCAAAAGAAACGUUGGAAGACCUGUGUAUCUUACGCAAACGAGCUAACUGGUGAUAUUGUUGGAGCUGCAUUCGUUCGAAAACACUUUGAGAAACAUAGCAAAGAUAUGGCAAAAGAGAUGAUCAUCGAGGUUCGUGAAGCUUUCAAGCAAAACAUCGAUGCCAUUAAAUGGAUGGACAAACAAACGAAAAUUCGUGUCUCUGAAAAGGCUGACGCAAUGGCUGACGACGUUGGUUUCCCUGAUUAUCUUAUUAAAAGUGAAAAGUUCAAAAAGAAGUUCAAAAAGUACCAUGAUGUAAAAAUACACAACAACACUCUCUUUGGGAAUAGAAUGGCUAUACUUAAAAUGGCACACAAUAGAAUGUUGCGAAAACUACGCAAACCUGUGGAUAAAGAAGAAUGGCCUAUGGACCCUCAAACAAUCAAUGCCAUGUACAGCUUUAACGAAAAUGAAAUGAUUAUACCUGCAGCAAUUUUGCAGCCACCGUUUUUCUUCCCUAAUGCACCAAGCGCGCUUUCUUUCGGUGCCAUUGGUUCGAUACUUGGUCAUGAAAUGACGCAUGGCUUUGAUAACACUGGYAGGAAGUUCAAUAAGAAAGGGGAGUUAGCUGAUCAAUGGUGGUCUUCCAGCUCACUCAACGGUUUCAAUGAAAAAGCACAGUGUAUAGAGACACAGUACUCGGCAUACAAAGUGUCGGGAAAAUAUCCGAUCAAUGGUAAGCUUACUCUAGGUGAGAAUAUUGCAGACAAUGGUGGGUUCAAGUCAUCUUAUAGGGCCUAUCACAAUUGGUUGAAGAGGAGAGGUGAUGAAACCUGGAAGCUGCCGGGUAUAAGUCUCACGAAUGAGCAGUUAUUUUAUGUAGGAUUUGGUCAGGCGUACUGUAGAAACAGCAGACCAACCGAGCAGUAUCUUGCUACAUUAAAUGAUCAUCACUCGGACGAGAAAGUCAGAGUAAUUGGCACAUUGUCCAACUCGUAUGAAUUUGCAAGAGCAUUCAACUGCACGGCAAACAGUGCUAUGAAUCCAGUCAACAAAUGCUCGGUAUGGUGCGAUGAAGGCAGCCUGCUGAUUGAAUAAAUAAAACAACUACACGGCCGAUGUUUUUUUUUUGGUCGCCAUUGGUGAUAACGUAUUUGGACUAUGCGUCUAUACCACGAUAUUAAGCGCUCAUACUGGACCUCAUCAGUUUAGAGGCAGUGCAGAGUGUGUCAUGGUUAAAUACCAACAACGCUCGAGUCCAAGUCACAGUUUGACACAUUGUUGCUGCAAUGGCCGUGUAAUAGUUAGAACUGUUCCCAGCGCUGACAAUGAUACCUUUUAACAAGAGAAUUAAUGCAUGGGAGAAAACGUCGCAAAUGUUAGAUGGACCUGGAGUCCAAGUAAAACAGCAUCUGUAAGUUGUUGCUUAUUUGUGUGUGUUGUUGGUACCUGGUAUAACUGGAUGUAUUGGCCUGGUAUCUUGGAAAAUACAACUAGCGCACACAUUCUGGCUGGACCCAUUACGUAUAUAAAUAUCUAAAACACUGACCAGUUUGGUGUUUACCCAAAAAGUAAACAAAUAGUAGCAAUCAGACGAGAAACAAACUACUGAUGUUUUGCUUGUCUGUCAGUUGUUUCUAYUGGUCCGUGUUUGAAGCGCGAUUGUCGUGCGACAAUCGUCUGAGUUUCGGACAUGCUUGAAAUUUAGCUGCACCUUGCGACGAUUUUCGAAUCGCCGCGACAAUCGCAGGGCUGUUGACAUGUACGAUUUGAGGUGCGCGAAAACAAAGUGGCGAUUGUCGCGUGACAAUUGCGCUGCAAAAAUUGCAAGUGUAAACGGGCCUAUAAAGUGUACUUAUCCAAUUGAUUAAACAUGAUUGCUGCAAUAUAUUUAUCACCUGAAUUUGUAUCAGGUAACUCAGGCUAAUUUCACCCUGCAUUUAUUAUGCAGUUAUAGAAGUGAUGAAGCCAAAUAUCUGAUAUCGAACUGGGACACUGCUUUGUUCUCUGAACAAAUUGAAUAUUGUAAUAAAGCUCAUCAACCGAA